CAGCUCCGCAAAAGAGCUCCGUUUGCAUACAUACACGCAUGGAUCCAGCGUCUGAGAAGUUAACGAGCGAACCGAGAGCUACGUCCAGCACGGCACGCUGUUUUUCGUUGCAUUGCUUACGUGCACCAGGGAGCCGAGCACCACCCUCCGCAGGCUUCCAAGAUGAUGCUCGCACGACUGAGCCGCACGAUUGCGCAGCGCGCGCGGCCGCUGACGGCGCGCACGUUCGCUGCGCCCGCGCCGAAGAUGUUCGAUUACGACACGAUUGUGAAGAGCUUGAGCGUCGCCGACGCCAUCGAGACCGUCGAGGAUGCGUUUUGCAAGCUCGCGGAGGGCAAGGUCGACGUGCCGAUGCCCAUGCACAUUACCAUUGAUGAGACCGACAGCGCGGGCCCGGGCGAUUGCCACGUGAAGGGUGGCUACGUGUCCGGCGCGGCGACGUGGACGGUCAAGGUGGCCUCGGUCUCGUUCUACAAGAGCGGCGGCCCUCCGGGCGGCGGCGUCUUCGUCGUGAUGAACGCCGUCACCGGCCAGCCCUGCGGCAUCUUCCAGGAGAACCGCUUCAUGACUGAUUUGCGCACGGGUGCGUCUGCGGCGUCCCAUCGCGCCGUCGACGCUUGUGACAUAGUCGACCAACGCAGGCGCCGCGGGCGGCAUCGCGCUCAAGCACUUUGGCAAGGGCGACACGAUCGGCUUCAUCGGCUGCGGCGCGAUCGGCCGCGUCAUGGCCCGCGCCGCCAAGGCGGUGCAGCCGGACUUUAAGGGCGUCUGCUACGCGCCCGACGGCUCGCACGAGACCUUUGCCGCGGAGAUGUCCGCUGAGCUCGGCGUGCCCUUCACGGCGAUGUCGUCGGCGGAGGAGAUGUGCGGCGCGUCGGACGUGAUCUACACCCAAACUCCUGGCUCUACCACGUGCGUCGAGAAGAGCUGGCUCAAGCCGCACGCGACGAUCAUCUGUUCGGGCUCGGACCAGCCGACGAAGCAGGAGAUCCCCACCGACAUCCUCAAGGCGUCGAAGUACGUCUCCGAUUUGACGAAGCAGACGUCCAAGGUCGGCGAGUUGCGGUCGGCGAUCGCCGACGGCUCGAUGACCGAGGCCGACGUCUACGCCGAGAUCGGCGAGGUCUGCAACGGCUCGAAGCCCGGACGUGAGGGCGACGAGCUCAUCGUCGUCGACUUGACGGGCACCGGUGCGCAGGACGCCGCGAUCGGCCAGGUCGCGUGGGAGAAAAUGGGCUAGGCAUGAGUGACC